AUGAGCCAGUACACGGGCAAGGCGGUCGCCGCCGCCGGCCGCUCGGAUCACUUCUUGGCGCAGCAGGCGGCCGCCGAGCGCGACUCGGAGGACGUGGCGCCGGCGGGAGCUGCGGCGCGCAAGGCCGCGGCGGAGCUGCGAGCGCAGCUGCUGGGGCCCGUCUCCCGCACCGGCGCCGAGCCGACGACACUGCUGACCGGCUACACGCCAAUGCCGAUCGGCAACAGCUCGGCAGCGGCAACGGCUCCAGCAACGACUGAGCCUGCGCCAGCAGCCAGCCGGCCAAAGGCGGCGAUGUCCAAGGCCGAGCGCCGAAGGCAAAAGAAGGGCCCGGCUCAGCAGCAGCACGAGCAGGCGCUUGCCGCUCCGCCAGAGGCCGCGCCGAAGAAGAAGAAGCGCAGGCGCGACAUCCCGCCACAGCCGGAGGAGUCGUCGGCCCUCGACGCUGUGGACCUCUUUGCCACCGCUCUGCCUUCGGUCCUGGGCAGCGGCGACGCCGCUCCCUCCGCCGCUCCGCCUGGGGCGGCGAAGAGGAAGAAGGAGCGCGCCGCCUCUGCGGUGGACGCGUCCGAGAUGGACGGCAUCUUUGGUGACGGAGAGCCGGUCCUGGGCCCCGACGGAGACGUGUACCGUGACCUCAAGCGAGUCUGCCGCGACUGCGGCGCCGGCUUCAUCUUCAGCGCGAGCACACAGCUCUCCCUGGCGGCGCGUGGCUUCUCCGGCACGAAGACGCGUUGCGAGCCGGCGUCCCAGUUCGACUGCAUCUCCUCCUCGCUGAGCAGCGGGCCCAUCUUCGGGGCGCUCGAUCGGACACGCGGUCCCCGAGACGAGUUGCUCUUGCUGGUGCUCCUAGCUGUAGUGGAGGCGCGGCCUGCGGUCCUGAGCGACAUCGCUCUGGCGCCGCCGCCGCCGCGAGCCGCCCCUGUUUCUCUCCCCGUCUGCUUCAAGUUCGUGUUUCUCUCCGUUGGCGAUGCCCUUCUUCCGCCGUCGGUGCUCACCUCUGCUGCUGCGAAGGGAGCGGGAGCCUUCUUCCCAAACGCCUCCUUCCAGCCUUCGCCUAGAACCUCCUCUGCCGGGCCCAGCGUGCAGCCACGGCUGUCGCAGACUAGGCCGCCCACCAAAAAAUAG